GAAAAAAGCCCAUGCACUUUUUCUCGCUUUUUCAGGCAGGGACCAAUGACUGGCUCAAGCAACCUAGAGAGAGAGAGAGAGAGAGAGGGACGAUCGCCGGGAGAUGUGCCCCAAGAACUGCCCUCCUCCUGCUGCAAACAUGAGGACCAGGUCCAGGUCCAUGUCCAGGUCCUCCUCCGCGCCCGGCAAGCCGAAGAAGCAAACCCCGUCGUCUCUCGCCGCCCCGUCUCGCAGAUCAAGAAGCAAGACCCGGAAGCCCAAGUACUUGAGCCUCGGCCUCCAGAUCUCUCCUCAAACCUCCCGAACCGGCGCCGCCCCGAUGAACCUCACCUACCACCGCAGAGCCGUCCGCCGCCACCGCCAGAAGCACCGGCCGAGCUCGUCCCCCCUCCGCCCGGGAGCCCACUUGGCCAGCGGCGACGACGCCGCGGGCGGUCGGGAUCAAGACCACCACCUCCAGGACGAGAACGACGUCGCCCUGCUGUUCGACUCCGCAGCCGCCGCCGACACCGCCACCCUCACCGACCUCCUCGACCCCGCUGCCCCCGCCCCCGCCGUUUCCGGCGCGGCUGCCGCCUCCUCCGGGGCGAAGGAGGAGGAGUCGGCGGUGUCGUCGCUGAUACGGUGCGCCAUGAAGAGCAGCAGCAGGGAGUGGGGGGGCAGCGAGGAGCGGUGGGUGUGCUACAGCGAGGUCAUCGUCGAGGCGGAGAAGAAGGCGGAGAUGGAGGAGGUGACCAGCUGCGCCGCCGACGCGUGGCGGGGAGGGCGGAGGGCGCACCCGCAGGGGACGACGAUGCUGUCGCUGAAGCUCGAUUACCAGGAGAUCCUGGACGCCUGGUCCGACAAGGGCUCGCUCUUCGUGUACGGCGGGGACGCGAAUCACGAGACGCCUCAGACCGUGCCCGACUUGAUGCGGGUCGACAGCGGGCCGAUGGAUGUAUGGGAGAACGUGUGGAGAGUCCCGGAGAAAGCAGCAGAAAGCGAAGCCGCCGCCAUCAACAGGGACGCGAUCGCGGAGGACGGCGGCGAGUUCAGCGACAAGAUUAGGCAGAGAGAGGCGAGCGUGCUGCGGUACAAGGAGAAGAGGCACAGCAGGCUCUUCUCCAAGCGCAUCCGAUACGAAGUCAGGAAGCUCAACGCCCAGAAACGGCCCCGUAUCAAGGGCCGAUUUGUGAGAAGAGAUUGCGAAGAUUAAUCGAAGCUCGCGCAUAUGAUUAUGUAUAGCAAAUAGUCGAUAAGCAAUAAAGGGAAGAAUAAUGUUUCGAUGUGCGUCGUUUGUUUCUUGCUUCUUUUUAUUAUUAUUAUUAAAAGUUUCCGAGUCCUUUACAUAGCUCGAAGGUAAAGAGGUUGCGAGCUAAAUCCUAAUCCCAUAUGCCUGUUUAUAAUGUACAAUUUACUAGUGUGACUGGCUCUGGCUUCAGUCUGCCAUAAACCACGGUUUAAUUGAUUCCCGUCCCGACA